AUGGUGCGUGGCACCUUCCGCCUACACCGGUCCGUGGGAGUUGUGACCACCCCCGACGUGACGCACGGACCUGACUCCACGUACCAGUCGUACUUUGCACGCUGCCGGCAACACCACAACGCCAGCUCGUCAGUACGACCUCAGCCGGUCGAUGUUGCUGACGGGUCACCGUCUGAGCCUUCGGCCCUCCGAGCUGCUGUCGACAGUGGGGACGGGAGCAUCGGGGACGAAGGCGAAGGUGUCGGAGGUGGCUCUUUGCUACCUUCCACCUACACUUCCUUUCCCGGCCGUGACUACGGGACUGCUACCCCGACCUCGACAAGCCUGUCGUGUUCCAAAAUUGGCAGCACCGGUCGUGCUGCCCCCGACUCGUCCCACCCUGGCGACGGCCACCGCGAGGACGGCAUUCCGGUGUCGGACGGGACAACGUCUCCGGAUGACGCGGCUGUUCUGACCUCCACCUCUCGUGGCACUGACGACGUAGCAGGCGAGGAGCGGUGCUCGAGCGUGGCUGGCUCGGCCCGUACUGCCAAAAAGAGGCCGCUGUUCUCCUACACGGAGCUCAGUGCUAUGGCCAUAGCACAGUCACCAAACAGGAGGGCGAGGGUGUCAGAGAUCUACGCCUACAUCGUGAAGCGUUUCCCCUACUUCAAACGCAAGAAGAAGAUACGGCAGAAAGCAUUGAGCAACAACCUGUCUCGUAACAGGUGCUUCAUCAACGUGCCUCAGAAGGACAGCGCAGGGAAGGGCAACUACUGGAUGCUCGAUCCGAAAUACGAGGAAAAGUUGGAGAACGGUGAGUUCGGUCCCCGGGACAUGAAGCAGCUAUUGCACAGGGGCCUGGGAGUGUUGGCGCCUGGUCGCCGAGUGCACUCGGACCGUGGCCCCCGGCAGCGACACCACACCGGCUUGUCGGAAGACGCCCGGCUGCCAGAGACCGGCGGAGGUGCCGCCGUUACACUUCCCUCGGACCUGCCUUACACCAGGAACAGUAAUGCCGCCACAACCUCAACCGAUGUGUCGGCCUGUGAGGUUGGCGGCACUGGCCAGUCUGCCCCCAGCUCGUCGCACCCUAUCGCAGGCCAUUGCGCGAAUGACAUUCCAGCGACGGACACGACACAGACGGUCGUAGACGUCGGUACUCCGACCUCCGCAUCCGAUUUCACCGCCGACGGUAACGGUGCCGGCGGUGGUGGUGCCCGUGGGGCGGGCGAGGAGCGUCUCCUCGGUGACACUGACACCGCCCGUACUGCCGACGAUAGGCCGCCGUACUCCUACAAGGUGCUCAUUGCAAUGGCAAUAGCACAGUCACCGCACAGGAGAUCGACAGUGUCGGAGAUCUACGCCUACAUCUCGAACCGCUACCCCUACUUCAGACGCAAGAAGAUGAUCUGCCAGAACUCAAUACGCUGCAUCCUGUCGUCCUACAAGUGCUUCGUCAAAGUGCCGCCGGAAAGCGGAGACAGUAAUGGCGCAUACCGCAACUACUGGAUGCUCGAUCCACAACAUGGCGACAUGUUGGAGAACAGAAAAUGCCGCUCCCGGGGCGUGAAGCAGCCGUUCCACAGGGGCUCGGCAGCGUCGGUGUGUCUGCGCCACAGCCAGCUCCGACACCACAGCCACCGACCCCACCAGCCACAACACCACGCUGGCGUGUCGGAGCAGCCCCAGCUGCUGGAGACUGGAGGCAGCACCGUUCCACUCCCCACCUACCCGCACUACACCAGGUGUACUCAGAUUUCUGAUGAGAAUGACAGUGCUUCAUUUGAAGAAAGUAAUCUUCAGAAUGUGACCCACGAUGAAUUGGUGAUGCCGCAAGAGGUGUCGACACACUUCGGGAGUUACUGUGUUCCAGCACAAGGAAUUACAACACAAGAGGAUAAUUUCCUCUGCAGUACAGAUAAUGUGAGCAUGAUGGACCAUAACUUUUCUGUAUUCACCUGCAGUUCAUGCCCACAGAGUGUUUCAUCAAAAUACUGCCUCACUGAUCCACUUGCUGAUAAUCAACUUAUCAUUUGUGACCCACGGAGCAUUAAGAAAGAGGUUUUUGAAGAAUGUGUCCCAGAGUUCAGUGACUGUAAUGAAGAGGAUCCAGACGUAUAUUUAGGGGUGGAUUCAACUGAGAUUGAGGAGGCAGACACAAGAGGACACACUUCAGAUAUGACACGGUAA